AUGGGUCGGAUAAAGAAGAAGGGCCAGGCCGGUGCGGCCAAGAAUUACCUCACCCGAAACCAGGCCAUUCGAAAACUUCAAAUCAGCCUGGCCGACUUCCGUCAGCUGUGUAUUUGGAAGGGCAUCUACCCUCGCGAACCUCGCAGCAAGAAGAAGGUCUCCAAGUCAUCCACUGCGUCGACCACCUUUUACUACGCCAAGGAUAUCCAGUACCUCCUCCACGAACCGCUUCUGCAAAAGUUCCGUGAUCAAAAGGUCCUGGAAAAGAAGAUCGCCAGGGCGUUGGGUCGUGGUGAUGUCGGCGAUGCCAAGCGACUCGAAGGAAAUGCUUCGCGACCAGAAAAGACGGGCAAACCUCGAUACACUCUUGACCAUGUCGUUCGCGAGCGCUAUCCGACUUUUGUUGAUGCGCUGAGGGAUCUGGAUGACUGCCUGUCUAUGCUGUUUCUCUUUGCCAACCUGCCGUCCACCGCCAGUGUUCCGGCCAAGAUGAUUGCUCGCUGCGAGAGACUCUGCCUCGAGUUCCAGCAGUAUCUCAUUCUCUCCCGAAGCCUGACAAAGUCCUUCCUUUCUAUCAAGGGCAUCUACUACCAGGCCAACAUCCAGGGCGAGGAUAUCCUCUGGCUGGUGCCUUACAAGUUUAAUCAGAGAAUUGUCGGCGAUGUCGACUUCAGAAUCAUGGGCACUUUUGUCGAGUUUUACAUGACCCUCAUGGGCUUCGUCAACUUCCGGCUAUACACCUCCAUCGGCAUCAAAUAUCCGCCCAAGUUUGACUCCGUCAAGGAUGAGAACGCCGCCGAACUGGGCGCGCUCACCCUGGAGGGCAAAGCUUUGGUCGGCGCUGAGGAGCCAAAGACAUCGCAGGAUACUUCACAUAAGCCUGACGCCAAGACCCAAGCUGCCGUGAACAAGCUUCUGAAGAAGCUGCAGAAUGCUGACCUGACUGAUGGCCCCGAGGACACCGAGAAUGGCACCGUUGAGACUGAGGAAGUGAAUGAUGGCGCCAUUGACAAGUUUGAACCUACCGCUCCUGGUGGCGAUGUGCUAAUCCAGCCGUCGGCCAAUGAAAACGACCACAGCACCUUGUUCUCCAAUUUCACCUUUUAUCUCUCUCGCGAAACUCCUCGUCAGCCUCUUGAGUUUCUGUUGAAAGCAUUCGGCUGCAGGCGUGUCGGGUGGGACCCUGUCCUGGGCGGCGGCGCCUUCACAACAGAUGAGUUGGACCCUAACAUUACGCAUCAGAUCGUCGACAGACCCCCUGUUCAGGCGGCAACGGAAGAAGCAAGCGACGCUCAAGACAACCAGACAUCACAGAAGCUGGCUGUCAAUGUGCGGGUCCCAGGUCGGAUAUACGUUCAGCCCCAAUGGGUGUGGGACUGCGUCAAUGAUGUGGAACUCAAGGAGCCUCAUCUGUACGGCCCGGGAGCAUCCCUGCCGCCUCAUCUGAGUCCUUUUGCCAAGCCUGCUGAGGGCUCAUACGACCCUACAGUACCUUUGGAGGAGCAGGAGCCUGAGGAAGAGGCUCUAGAAGCUGAUGAAGACGACGACGAAACUGCCGAGGGCAUGGACGUUGCCGAAGACGCGGAUGAGGACGAGGAAAUCGAAAAUGAAGAGGAAGACAAGGAAGGUGCCGAGAAAAUGGAGGAAGAUGUCGAGGAAGACGAGGAAGAAGAGGAAGAAGACGAGGCUGCUCUCCGGCAGCGGGAACUGGAGGCGGAAUUGGCGGGCGCCUGUGUCGAAACCGAGGCUACAAGCAGCAAGGCCAAGGCCAAGGCCAAGGAACAGGCACGAAAAGCACUAGCCAAGAAGGCGAAGGAGGAAGCCGAGGAACUCGAGCGUGCCAAGGGCAUGCUGAGCAAGAAGAAGAGGAAACUAUAUGAGCAGAUGAUGUACACGAAUAACAAGAAGAGCGCAGAGGACCAGAAGUUACGAGCGAAGAGAAGAAAGCUCGAAAAGGAAAAGGAAAAGGCCAAGGGCAAGGCCAAGGGCAAGGCGUAA